AUGCCUCGCCGGCCAGUCAGCAAUCGCGUUAAGGUGAAGCAGGAUGAAGCCUUUGAGAGAUAUAUUUCAGAUGCAAAGACAGAUCUAGCUACUGGAAAAUGUCUAACCAUUCCUGAAGCAGCGGAAAUGCAUAGGGUGGCAGAGAGUACGCUACGGAAUAGACUGAAAGGAAAGAGAAGCAGGCAAGAGUGCAGGAUUGGUGAGCAAGCAUUGACACCAGCGGAAGAGAAUCCAAUCAAGGAAUGGGUUUUCAAGCUGGAUGAUUGGGGAUUUCCGUCACGCCACCAAUAUGUCAAAGAUAUGGCAUUGGAUUUCAUCAAAAGCCAUGAUAUACAAUCGCAAAAGCUAGGGAAAAAUUGGAUGACCCGUUUUCUGUCACGUCACCCCGACCUUGCAUCCAAGUUUUGUACGCGUUUGGACAAGCAACGCGCGUAUGCAGACAAUCCGGAGAUAUUAGAGGACUUUUAUGAAACACUACUCAUCGCCAUUCGAGAACACGGAAUAGUUGCUGGAAACAUGUAUAAUAUGGAUGAGAAGGGAUUCCUAAUGGGACGGUCAGCUCGAGUUAAGGUUAUUCUACGAAGGGGAAAGAAGCGAAACUUUAAAUCACAAGAUGGAACGCGUAAAUUAAUUACAGUUAUCGAGGCGGUUUCCGCAGCUGGAACAACUCCACCACCAAUGAUUAUCUAUCAAGGCGAAGCUCAGUAUGCAGGAUGA